UUUCUUUCCUAAUUGAGGAGAUAAAGCCUCAAGUAUAUGCUGAGAUGCUGCACAGUGCAUUGUGGUGUUCAGGACAGUGCACUUCCCCGAAAGAAGAGCUUCUUGCUGACAUCUCAGUGGUACCCAGAGAGAGUGAUCCAGAUGGACAGAGCAACGAAGCACAUAGAACCAUGGAAGAUAGCAAUCAUCGUUGUGUCAGUGAUAGUAGGCUUAGCCUUUGUCAUUGGCUUGAUUACAUUUUUUUUGUGCCAUGAUCAGGACCGAUAUUACAAUGCAUCUUUCCUAAUCACCAAUGUCAAGUACAACAGUCAGUACGAAAGGCAAACCACAGAAGAGUUCAGGCACUUGAGUCAAGAGAUUGAAAACAUGAUAUCUGCAGUAUUCAGGGGGUCCUUCCUAAGUAAAAGGUACAUCAGGUCCCAUGUUGUCAGUCUGAGCCCAGAUCCUGGUGGAGUGCUUGCAUCUGUUGUUCUGGUAUUUAAAUUUCCAUCGACUGACAGUAAGGCAACAAGCUGGGGUCAUGUCAACCGUGUGUUACGCAGAAGGCUCAAAACAAGCUCCACUUUCUUGCACGUUGACCUGUCUACCCUUAGACUCACAGAGUUGAAUAAGGAAAAGGGAGAUAACCUUUUAAACAACUGCUGUGGAAUACGAAAACAGGCGUUCUCCUUCACAGGAGUGGAGAGAAUAAUUGGUGGGCAGCGUGCACAGGAUGGGGAAUGGCCGUGGCAGGCUAGUAUUCAGCUUGAUGGGACCCAUCGCUGUGGUGCAUCAGUGAUCAGUAAUACCUGGCUAGUGACCGCAGCCCACUGCUUUAGAGGAGGAAAAGAUCCUCGGAGGUGGACUGCUAGCUUUGGAAUUCUGCUGAGACCUCCAAAACAGAAAAAACUUGUUCGAAGAAUUAUCAUUCAUGAAAGAUACGGUGACUUCGUCCUUGAUCAUGAAUAUGAUGUGGCUGUUGUGGAACUUGCCUCUCCUAUUGAGUUCACGAGUGAUGUGCACAGUGUCUGUCUUCCUGAAGCAUCUCACAAUUUCCCAGUGAAUACUUCCUGUUUUGUCACAGGCUGGGGAGCUUUGCAGAAUGAUGGCUCUAGUGUUAAUCAGCUUCGGCAAGCGGAAGUGAAAAUUAUAAGUACUGCAACUUGUAAUAGAAGACAAGUGUAUGGUGGAGCUAUAACACCUGGAAUGUUGUGUGCUGGAUACCUGGAGGGGCAGGUGGAUGCCUGCCAGGGUGAUUCUGGUGGGCCACUGGUGCAUGCGAACUCCAGAGGAAUCUGGUAUCUUGUGGGAAUAGUGAGCUGGGGAGACGAAUGUGGCAAGCCAAAUAAACCAGGAGUGUACACACGAGUGACUUAUUAUCGAAACUGGAUCCACUCCAAAACGGGCAUCUGAAACCUGCAGCAGGUUAACUUUUGUGGGCUGUGUACAGCUAUUCCUCUGACAUGUUCUGCUCUGUGGUUACCCUCUAAACAGCUGCUGGCUUAGCUUGUGGUCAUGUAUCAAGUGCCAGCAAGCUCAGAGUAGUCUAGGACUUGAAAUUGGUUUGGCCUACAGCCAGACAGAAAUGGACUUGAUCCAUGUGACAGCUGUUUGCUCAGGAAGUAGUCUGUCAAAGGAACAACUGCCUUCAUCUAGAUGCAAUAUACUGACCCUUUUUUCUCUGUGGCCACGAUACUCUGUGGCCAAAUGUCUUGGCCCCAACUUACCCAGGCAAAGCGUUUGAGCCCAAAUUAUCAUUUAUCGGCAUCCAAGACAAGUUAUAACUAAAACAUGGCCUGUCCAUUUCCUGUGUGCUCCCAAGGCCCCAUCUAGCUGUAGACCAGCUGCAACCCAGCCCCUGAUUCCAGGGCUGCUGUGCUUCUGAAUUCUUGAACUUUUUCCUGCAUCCUUCCAGGGAGUGUACUCUAAAGAAGAAUGGGGGAUGACUUAGAGAAGUCCUGGUUCCUAAUCAUGUCGGACUGUUACUUAGAUGAACGGAGAAUUUUUUCUUGCUGUGUUUUCCUGAAAAAGGAAUCAAGUGGAUAACACUGGCUUGUGUCUGCCUUCUUUGGACAAGUGUAUGUAUGCUCACUCAUCGCUCCAUGUGAACGACCACUACCACAGCGUUUGCAGUAACAGUGAUUGCUGGACUUAAGACCAAAAACCACUUUACAUUCAUACCAGUCUUUUGUCAUAUCAGAGUAUUUGGCUGAAUUAAUUUCCAUUUUUAACUUUCCGAAUUGUAUUGCUCUGAAUAAAAGUCUUUGGCUUUUUGUGCAGGAUGGAGGAUUGUAACAAUCUCAGUAUGACCAUUGCCAAAAAUACCUUCUCAAACUGCUUAUUCUUGUGAAUGCUGUUCUCAAGUCUUUAUAAUUUAAGGGCACCUUCAGCUGCAUCCUAAAAAAAAUAAAAAAAGCUUUUGUGUUAGGGUGGAAAUACCUGCCUCUUUCAGAGCAGGGCAGAGCUUCUGACUGACCCAGUGAUCUUACGUAAAGAUCUCUGUUCUGUCAGGUAAUAAGAAUUGUCUGUGUUUCAUUGCUAGCCCAUAGUUAACUCAAGCACACAAACUUCAUAUUCUCUCUGACUUUGUGUUUUCAGGAGCCAAUGUUUCUGUCUUCCAGGUAGGUAUCAAAUACUACACCCCAGGAGCAGAACAGAACACACCUAUUCCUGGUGAGGAUGCUUUCCUUGGUGUGUCUGCAGACUCUUUCCAACACUUUGUGGAUGCUGAUCCUGACAAUAGCAAGUGCUGUCGUCUUAGUUGCAAGAUAAUGAGCUACUCGGUUGCUCCUUUUGCCUCUAUGGUCAGAAGAGAAUGAACCCUGCAAAGGAGAUACCAGCCACAGUGACAAGACUCAGAGCUGGUCUAGCAUGGCAAGCAAGCAAAAAUCUUAUGCCAGGCUAAAAAAGUCAAGCCAGCAGUCUUUUGGCAUGUUUAUAGUUAGAUCUGGGGGAAGCAGGCCCUCAGUGAUUACAGUCUUAGGAUCAGAGUAUUGUCCAAAUUGAGUACAAAUCAGCUGACAUAGGCAAUGGCAGUUUAAGGAUUCUUUUCUGGACUAUGCAACUUGCUGCAAAUGCUCCCAAACAGAGCAGCAGUCCAUUGAGUGAGAAGUAUUUUCAUUAUUCAUCCUGUGAUCUGGCUGCUUGCCAGGACAGAGAACCAUGCUUUUCUAGAGCUUCACUGGAAGUACUGGAAUAUUUGGAUGUCCAGAGAAGGUUUGCAUGAAAGACAAGGGUCUGCAGCUGUUUUGAGUUCUGUACUUGUGUAUAUGUGGAAAUCUGGCACUUAAAAAAAUUUCCCUCAGGGAGCUUUUCUUGGUAAACAUUGUGAGCUUCAGAAGCAAAACUUAGUGGCUUAAUUUCUACAUAGGGAUUAAAAAGUGUCAAGACUGGUUCCGUAGGUUGGAGCUCAACAAAUCUAAUUUUAGUCCCUUAAGCCCAACAUAGCCAAAAUGAAGUAUAUGGCUUGUAGAGGAAGCUUAAAAAUUAUGUAUGACAAGUAUAUAUGAAUUUUUUUUUCUUGCUGGUAGUGAUUGUCUUACUAGGACAGUCAAUAAUAUUUGAUCUUCAUGAAGAAAAGCAUAAUUACAAGAUACCAUGGAUUUCCAAUUCCCAAAGCACUUCAGACUUGGGUUUUCAAAGGGCAUAAUGGUUUCCCCAUCCUGCUGGAUUUAAUUGUAAAUUGGAAACUUUAGCAUGUUCAUAGUUAGAUCUGGGGGAUCUAUUUUUAGGCUUGCAGAUCUCAGCUAUCUCACUGGUUCCACAAAACAGGUAAACAGAUGUCCAAAAGAAUUAUUUUGCAUCUGUGAACUUUCCAGUUGUGUUUAUUUUGGGUACAAAAUUAGAAAUCCUUAAGCAUGUUGCUCUGUAUCAAGGGCUGCAGUAAAUAAUAAUUCUCCAAAGUGGUGCACACAAGGCUAAAAAAGUGAACUGAUCAUUUGCUUAAGGAGCUACCAGUUCUGAGCAUCUACUUGGAGAGAUACAGUACUAGAUCCACCUUAAUGCUGAGUGCCAGCACAGUGUGGCCAGGAGGAGGGGGCUGAAGAGGGCUUGACAUCUACAUGAUGUAUGUUUUGGGAGCCUUUAUUUUGAAGCCUUGUGUAGUUUUCCUGAUAGCAUCUGGAGCAAGUCUUCUGAUUCUGUUUCUUCUGGAAGCAAUGUAGCUUGCAUUGAGGCCUCUUGGUGAUGCAAAGCAGCAUAAAUGGGGACUGUCAAGAAGAGCACUCCCCUCAUCCACUGGGAAUAUUGGUGUGGAUGGAUGUGAUGGGUUUGAAUCCCUUACUCAUUGCAAAACUAGACUGAUGUCAGCAUUGUCUGGCUUUUCCUGAGGGAAGUUACUGAAACCUGAAGCAAUGUAGGCAGCCAAAAUAUUUUGUUUUGUUUAGGUGGCUUAGCAGAUCUGUAUGUCUUUAGGUGAGACUGUAGCGUAGUUUGUGAAGCCACAAGCUUCAUCUUCUCUCAGCCAUGUUUUCAAAGGAGUUAUCUCAAGGCAGAAUGGGAUGUAUUGAACUAUACAAUCACACAUUACACAGGAAUUUAAUUUAUAUGUAAAUCUAAUAAAACAUGUUAAAAAAUU